AAAGUUUUUGGUGUGAAAAAAAUAUUGGUGACCACGCCCAUAAGUGGACAGUAGAGGGCAGCAGAGUGACAAUAUGUCGUCCUCUCUGCGGGAUGAGCUGCAGCAGUACCUCCAGGAGCUGGGUAUCCAGCCGGAGUGUGUGGAGCACCCUGAGGUCUUUACAGUGGAGGAAAUGAUGUCACAUGUCCAGCAUCUAAAAGGGGCACAUAGUAAAAAUCUAUUCUUAAAAGAUAAGAAGAAGAAAGGGCUGUGGCUGGUGACUGUGCUCCAUGACCGCCAAGUGAACCUCAACGAUCUUGCAAAGAAGCUGAAUGUUGGCAGCGGAAAUCUCAGGUUUGCAGAUGAAGCGUCAAUGAUUGAAAAACUGAAAGUGGGUCAGGGCUGUGCCACCCCACUCGCCCUCUUCUGCGAUGACAAAAGAGAUGUGAAGUUUGUUCUGGAUUCUAAGUUUUUGGAAGGAGGUCACGAGAAGGUCUAUUUCCAUCCAAUGACCAAUUCUGCAACCAUGGGCAUAACACCAGAUGAAUUUCUUACCUUCCUGAAAAAGACUGGGCAUGAUCCUAUGAUAAUAAACUUUGAUGAUUAGAUCUAGGCAUGUUUUAAUGUUUUCUUCAUGGAAUACUAUUUAUGGAUGGAAAAAUAAGACUUUUUUGGUAUUUCUGUGUUUGCAUUGUCUUUCAUGCUGCUUUUGUUGUGUUAAAGGUUACCUAUCAUAUCACAGAAAAAAAAAAAAUAAUCUUAUAUAUGUUACUUAGUAGGUCAUGCAGAUGCUUUACAUGUCUUUUUACGUGUCUAACUUCUAUAUUUGGCUCACAAAUCCCUCCACUCAUUCAUUCUGACAUCCACUGCUCAGGAAGGGGCGUGUCUGAGGCAAGCGCUGAGCCCGCCCUCACUUACCAUGCAUUCACUUCCUCCCUUAGUCUGCUGUGCUGUGUCUUCUCAUUCAAUCUCUGCAGGCUGCUCUGUAACCCCCUCCUCUCUGUUUUUAUGCUGCAGUCUGAUAGGACAGGAUUGAGCACAGUACUGCUGUCUGCUGACAGUACAGUACUGCAACUGUACAGUACAGUACAGUACUGCAACUGCUAGUCCUGCCCUCACUUACUGAACUUUGUCCCUGCCUGUUCUUCAGCCUGGACAAAGAUGCAGUACAACCGGACAGGAUUAUGUUCUGGAGGAUAUGGGGACCCCUAGUGGUCUUUUUUUAUAAGCCAUGACUUCUAUAAAGGAAAUAACAUUUUGUAUGAAGUAUUUUAGAAAAUCUUACAUAGAGGCUGUGUAUCGGGUCGGUCACUUAGCUUAGACUUUAGCUAGUUAUUUUUUAUUGCUGUUGACUUCUUUUAAAGAUUUCUUGGUUUUAUUUCUCUUCUAAAAUCUUUCAGCAUCUCUUGAGUCAUGUAUAUUUUGAAAAGCUGCUGUUCAUGCUAAUGUUUCUGCUAUAGGUUUAUUGGGCUUGCCUUGUAUAUCUGAGGAAAAGUGUUUCCUUUCUUCCUUUUUGGCUUCCUAUAAGUGCCCUAAUUCAUGACACACUGAGCCCCGCUGUCACUCCAGGCCCACAAUAGUCCAGCAAUAGCAAAACAGAGCUAAUUUCUUACAAAAACAUCAACUUUGUCUUUCUUAGGGUUACGUUCACACGCGCAGAUUUUUUAGCGGGUUUUCCGCUGCGUAUUUGAAAGUGGUCGGGCUCUUCUCGGAUGUCCGCGGCGGAAUCUAUACUGCGGAAAAUCCGCCGCAAGCCCCAUUGAAGUCAGUAGGGACUGUGGCGGAUUUUCCACAGCGUAAAAUUCCGCUGCGGAAAAUCUGCUACGGACAGCCGAAAAGAGCCCGUCCACUUUCAAAUAUGCAGCGGAAAACCCGCUAAAAAAUCUGCGCAUGUGAACGUACCCUAAUACUGGAUAAUGCCUUUAAGUUAUUCGUUCAUGCUUAGAAUUAUUGCAGUACAGCAUAUUCUUUUCUGUCUGGCUGCUGUUUGGUGCUAAGGUGCAAAGAUCAAAGUCUAAGGGGGUCAGAUCGGGAGACCUUGAGGGCCAUUCAA